AGGCCACUCUUGCAGUUACGGCCCGGAGGUCAUUUCCGGGAAGAUGGCAGCAGCGCGUAUGCUGAGGACCUGGAGCAAGAAUGCCAGGCUGCUGUGAUUACAACUUUGUGGUGAUCGACAGAGGAGAGGGAGACAGAGAUAGACAUCAAGUAAUUAAUUACGGCCCAGCAUGAUAAAUUCUGUGAUGGAACAAGUGCGUGGAGCUAAAGGAAUACAAAGCAGUGGACACUUAUGGUGCACUUGGGAGUCAGAGAGAAGGUUCCCAGAGGGAACUGUGUAACUUAAAAUCAUCGAAGGAUUUGUGUUCGCUCUUUUCAAACACGUGGUAUUGUUCAUGUUUUGAAGCCAAAAUGUGUGUAUUUCUUCGGUUAUCCUUCAUUCAACUACAGUCAUCCACAUCACUUGCUGAAAACGACCGCUGCUCUACAUGGACAGAUUGUUCAGUUCAAACUCUCAGACAUUGGAGAAGGGAUUAGAGAAGUAACUGUUAAAGAAUGAUUCAGAAGAAGAUGUUGUUGAAACUCCAGCUGUGUCUCAUGAUGAACACACACACCAAGAAAUAAAGGGUCAAAAAACACUGGCUACUCCUGCAGUUCGCCGUCUUGCAAUGGAAAACAACAUUAAGCUAAGUGAAGUUGUUGGCUCAGGAAAAGAUGGCAGAAUACUUAAAGAAGAUAUUCUCAACUACUUGGAAAAGCAAACAGGAGCUAUAUUGCCUCCUUCACCAAAAGCUGAAGUUAUGCCACCUCCACCAAAACCAAAGGACAAGACUAUUCCCAUGCCAAUAUCAAAACCUCCAGUAUUCAUAGGCAAAGACAAAACAGAACCCAUAAAAGGCUUUCAAAAAGCAAUGGUCAAGACUAUGUCUGCAGCUCUAAAGAUACCUCACUUUGGUUAUUGUGAUGAGGUUGACCUUACUGAACUGGUUAAGCUACGAGAAGAAUUGAAACCCAUUGCUUUGGCUCGUGGAAUUAAGCUUUCCUUUAUGCCCUUCUUCUUAAAGGCAGCUUCCUUGGGAUUGCUACAGUUUCCUAUCCUUAAUGCUUCUGUGGAUGAAGGCUGCCAGAAUAUAACAUAUAAGGCUUCUCAUAAUAUUGGGAUAGCAAUGGAUACUGAGCAGGGAUUGAUUGUCCCCAAUGUCAAAAACGUUCAGAUCUGCUCUGUAUUUGAGAUCGCCACUGAGCUGAACCGCCUCCAGAAACUGGGCACCGCAGGUCAGCUCAGCACCACAGAUCUUACCGGAGGAACAUUCACUCUUUCCAAUAUUGGAUCCAUUGGUGGUACCUAUGCCAAACCUGUGAUAUUGCCACCUGAAGUAGCCAUUGGGGCCCUUGGAUCAAUUAAGGCCCUUCCUCGAUUUAACCAGAAAGGAGAAGUAUAUCCUGCGCAGAUAAUGAAUGUGAGCUGGUCAGCUGAUCACAGAAUUAUUGAUGGUGCUACAAUGUCACGCUUCUCUAAUUUGUGGAAAUCCUACUUAGAAAACCCAUCUUUUAUGCUACUAGAUUUGAAAUGAAGAUUGAUAAGACAUUCUUGAACUUUUGAGCUUCCAAAGAAUCUGUAAAGCCUAGUUGUGCCAGCACAUGUUCUCUGUUACAACUUGUUUAUACAUGAUUUGUAUUGUAUGAUUAAAGUUCUAACGCACAAUAUUCUAAGACACUAUUCUGUUAGACUUUUUACUGAAAAUGAAUAAUGAUUUAAUGGUUCUCCUGGGGCUGUCACAUUUUAUAGGUCAGAAUGUGACUUCUUAAUACAGUGCUGAGGUCUUCAUGUCAAUGGAUUGAAACUGUAAGAAAACAAAAUAUUACUAAAAGACAAGUAGCCAUGUACAUGUAAUAUUUGCCCUCUCUUUUUCUUCUCUUUUUUCUUUUCUUUUCUCUCUUCUUUCUUUCUUUUUUUUUCCCUUCUUUCCUUCCUUCCUUUCUUUCUUUCAAUGAUUCUUAAUGAAAUUUUUUAAUUAUAUAUACUUGGGAAAAAAUUUGUAAAAAUAUUUUCCAUUUCCCUACAGUUAUGCUAAUUGCUAUAUAAAGUGCAAUUAUACUUAUCUUUUAAAAUUCCCCUGCAUAUAUUCUUGAUCUCUGUAGAGUUUAUCAUCUAUAAAUGUGUUAUUUAUAAAAAUUAGCAUCUUUGAAAAAGAAAAAAAUGUCACCUGGUCUUAAAAGUGCCCAAUUAUAGUUUUAUAAACAGUAAAGUUGUUAAAAGUAUGUGUUUAAAAUGGUUAUCCUUUUAGAAUUUUGGUAAUGCUUUCGUGGUUAUGCUUUCCGCUUUCUGUGGGAACUUCACCUUUACAAGCUUGCUUCAUGUAAAGAAGAUUCUAUAUGUAGUGAUACUGACAUACUUUUAUUUUAUAACGUACUUUUAAUUUUCUUCAUCUUCAAGUAAAGAAAUUAAAGUCAAUUCCAUUGUCCAUAUACUUAAGUGGUUCAUGAGUAAGUGGAAAGAGAAGAAUCUAAUUGUUAAUUAUGAACAUAAAAAUAAAUUUAAAAGUUUUAUACAGAAAUGAAAGUUUCAUAAUGAUUAUUUUGUUAUGUUGAAUGUCCACUUUAAUCAGAAAUAGCAUGAAGAUAAGUAUAAUCCAGAAUUUUGAGUUCUAACAUUAUCCGAUUGAAUACUGAUGUCAAAAUUAGUUCAAGUGAAAUUUUGUGACAGAGAAAAGGUUGUUUUAAUGUCUACCUGACUUUUUUCAAAAUGAGAAUCAUUUUUAAAUAAUAAAAUAACAAAUAAAUGCUGCUAUUGUUAAAAUUCAGAGAAUAUGGCGAACUGCAAAGAAAAUAAGAUAUCAUCCAUAGUCCUACUAAUACUAACAUUUUGAUGUAUGUAUCUGUAAAUAUAACUAUCCUUUUAAAGUGGGAUCAAGUAUCGCUACUAUUUUAUGAUUUGAUUUUUAAGUUUAAAAUGAGUAAUUUAAAUGUCAAUAAAUGAUUUCAUAUUAUCAUAUUUUUAAAUGGCUGUAUAAUGUUCCAUUGUAUGUAUUAUACAUUCAUAUAUUAAAGAUCUACUAUAUAUUGAGCAUGGUACUAAGCAUUGGGCACAUAAUAUCUACCUGUAUUCCAUGCCUUCAUGGGGCUUACAGUCUAGUGAAAGAGAAAGAUACUGAAUAACCAUAAAAGGGAGUGUAUACUUAUACUUGUAUGUAAGGGAAAAAAGCAGGAUACUAUUAUGCAUGUAGUAGAAAUUACUGAUGCUGUCUGGGAGAAUCAGAAGAUGGGUAUCUUAUAAUUUACUCCUUACUGAUAGACACUUGCUGAAUUUUACAUGAAGAAUCACAUGACCAGUAAAAAUUUACCCCUCACUUAAAGAAUGUGAAAACGGGAGAAGAGAACCCUAAAAUAAAUAUGUAAUAUAUUUGAA